ACGGGUUUUGGGAGGAGUCACCCGGUGGGAAAGCCCUGCCUCACCCGAGCCGCGUCUCCUUCCUCAUUCAGCGCGCUGAUGUGUGCUCGAUGUGGCGGCGGCUCCGGAGGUGCACACCCCGCCUAGAGAAGCAAUUAGCCCGGGCCUGGAGUCCCUGUGGCCUCGCGUCGCCUGUCCUCGCUGGUUGACAGUGGAGGGCGCACACCGGGGGUUUGGGUGCAGUUGUAGCCCGAUCCGAGGAAUACCCGAGGAAGGAGACGCGCAUCGGCGGUUUCACAGAGAAGAGCGAGACCCGUCGGUGCGGACGGGAGAAGUUUGGAGGAACAAGGUCCUCCUCACUUACCUCUUCUCCCCCGAGUCCUGACCUUUGACCCCACCCAUCUCUCCAACCAUGGCACACCGAUCUCAGAGUUCAUCGGUUGGCGAUAACCCCCUUGACCCAAACUACCUGCCCCCUCAUUACCGUGAGGAGUACCGCCUAGCAAUUGAUGCUCUGAUAGAAAAGGACAUACAGGGUUACUUUGAGUUCCUCCAGAAUGCCGAGGUUUUCGGUUUCCUGUCACAGGCAGAAAUUGAAUUCAUCAAGUCCACAAUCCAGUUGCCCAACCAGACCUCCGGCGUCCCAGAGCUGACAUACUAUGAGGGAAGUCAGCCGGCUGAUGGCUCUUCGGACACUUACUGGCCGAUGCAGUCUGACCUAGAUGCCCCGGGGCUGGACAUGGGCUGGCCGGUGCCGCAGCAAGGCUUCAUGGGGCCCACGGAGGUCACCACUCUAGUCAACCCCUCCGACCCAGACAUGCCGAGCAUCAAGGAGCAGGCCAGGAGACUCAUUAAGAAUGCACGCCAAGUUAUUGCUGUGGUGAUGGACACGUUCACAGAUGUUGACAUUUUUUCGGAUCUUCUGGACGCGGCAGCGCGCCACAUUCCAGUUUACAUUCUACUGGAUGAGCUGGAAGCCCAUAACUUUGUUUCUAUGGUGGAAAACUGCAAAGUCAACUUGGAUAUGCAUCCUAUGAUGCGUGUCAGGACUGUGGCAGGAAUAACCUAUUAUUCCCGUACGGGGACAUCAUUUAAGGGGCAGGUGAAAGAUCGUUUCUUACUGGCUGACUGCAAAGCUGUACUCAGUGGCAACUACAGUUUCAUGUGGUCUUUUGAGAAGAUCCACCGCUGCAUCGCCCACCUCUUCCUCGGGGAGCUAGUUGCCACCUUUGAUGAAGAGUUUCGCAUUCUCUUUGCUCAGUCAGAGCCUUUAGUCAUUGACCCAUCCAAUGGAGCACCCGCUCUCUCUGACAGCAGCAGCACCAGCAGUUACUUGGGCAACCAGUUCGGUCUGAAGAGGACCCAGUCUUUACGUAACCCCAUAGGUUUCCACAGGCACCCUGAGCUUCCUGCUGCCUUCUCCUAUGGAGACUCUGAUCGUAACCUUGCACUUCCUUUCCGAAGGAACGAUGCAUUUCGUCAAACCGUUGAAUCAGGAAUUACAAUUGGAAAAUAUUCCCAGCAACAGUUUCGUCCACAGCAGUCGUACCUGGACCAGGGGAGAUCCAUAGUUUCCAGACAAAUGGAUUUGAAUACCUCCACCAUCAAGAGGCACAGCUAUGCAGAGGGAACCCAGGAAAACUACUCAUCUUCAAGGCAAUACAUGAGGCACAGAGUCAUGAAUAAUCUGGAUGAGACAGAUGUUCAAAGGGAGCAGACCCAAAGUAGCUAUUAUCUCAAUGAAGGGCCUGGGCCGGAAUCUGGCCACGGAUACUACGACAGAAACUACGACAGACUUCGAGUUUAUGCUUCACAAUUUUCCAUUGACCAGCAUUCAGAUUCAGAGCCUCCAGGAAAGUAUGGCCGAAGCUACUUUUCAUCUGAGGACUUAAGAGGACCUGAGGGACAGCAGGCACCUCCAUUAGCUGGGAGGUAUGGAGGAGAUUUUACCAAUAAAAGGCCUACCAUAGGUCAGCCUUAUGCCUGCCAGACUUCACCCACGCAGCUCCACCCACCAGAGAAGAAACAGUUUGCCAAACCAUCUGAUCAAGAGCAUGAUGAAGAUGAAGGUGCCAAGCAAGGCAUGAGGAGUUGGAGGAUCCAAUCCUAUCUCAGCACUUAUGAUGACAGUGGAGAAGAAGGUCUGACUCAACCUUUGGGGCCUGAUGCAUUUGAAGACCUUCCACCAUCUCAGCAGCCAACUGGCACUGAACAUUCAGCUCCCCGCUUUGGAACAAAGGAGCCACCGAAUGUUCCCCCUAAACCCAGACCAGAUAUCAUGAGGCCGCGGUAUGGAAAGCCCAACUUAACUGAGGGCAACAGUAAAGACUCUGCCCCAACAACAACCAAGGAUCUGCUUCCAUCAGUCAGUGACUUAAAGCCAUUUGCACUGGAGAAAAAAGCCAGGGAGGCUGAGAAGGAAAGGGAGAGAAACACAGAGAGGGGUGCAGCAAGGGAGGUGGGUGUAGAUGUGGAGGUGAAGGAGACUUCAGAUAUCUUCCUGUCCAAACAUGAAUCAUUCCAUUCACGUAUUAACCCACUCCUUCAGCGUACCUCUCGCCUGCGUUCCUCGCUUAUAUUCUCAUCUUCCAAAGCAGAGAUGCACAGUGGUAGCCUUGGCCUAAAAUCAGCAACAGAGAAAGACGAGGAGUUAGACACAGUGCGCACAUCCUCGAUUGUGGCCCAGAUACUAGAGAAGAGAAGGUCACUGACUCGUGAGCCUUUUGAGUGGAGAAAGAAGGCUGAAGAGAAAGAGAAAGAAAGUGAGAAAGAGAAAGAAAGGGAGAAAGAGAAAGAAAGGGAGAAAGAGAAAGAAAGGGAGAAGGAGAAAGAAAGGGAGAAGGAGAAAGAAAACGCAAAAGUGAUGGAUGAAGAAAGGGAGAAGCGGAAAGAAAAAGAGGAGAGAGAGCGACAGCAGAAGGAAAGGGAGAUUCGAAUGAAAGAUGAGAUGAAAGCAAAAGAGGAACUUCAGAAACUCAAAGAACAGGUUACGAAGACACCAACUGCUGAGAAAUCUGACGUCACAACAUCAUUGUCUAUGAACAUGAAUGACCCAGCCAAUAGACUGCAGUAUUUCAAAGACCUGGCUGCCAAGAGAAAUGCCUCAAAAAUGGAGACAGAGUCAUCACUAAAAGCUCCAGAGCCCGCUGAAAAAAAGCCAGACCAUUUUGAUAAUCGUCCCCUAAAAACUACAAUCACCCCAAAGAUGCCAACGGUCUCUGUUAGUUCAGCAGAACCUGAACCAAAGAAGACAGACAUCUCUACAAAACUGGCAGAGCUCACUCGUAGAUCUUCAUUUAGUUCCUCAAAACCACCCGUAAUCCAUGCCAAGCCUCCUCUGAGACCUUCAGAGGCAACUCAACCUCGUAAAGAGGAAAGUACAUCUGAGGGUCAAAUAAAGGAUAUAUUCAAGUCUCUGAAGCCCCUCGCUUCACCUAAGAUCUUCAGGAGAGAUCCGUUGAAGCUCAAAGGACUGAAUCCUCGUCGCAUCUCUAGUGGUGAGGAGACUCUGACCACAGACGCUACAGAUGCAGAGAAGAGUGAACUAAAAAAGAGUCGCUCUUAUAGUUCUUCAGCUCUGACACGUGACGAAUCCAGGGAAGGACUGCACAAGGUUUUGGGAUCUUCUACAUCCAUCAACACACUUGGUGAGAGCAAGGGCGAGGGUAAGACACUUGACUUUUUAAAGAAGCAGACUCAGAGGCUAAAGGGAUUCCUGGGGCCCAAGGAUAAAGAAAAGAAAUCUUCCGGAGAUGAUCGGGGCAUGAGCACGAGUUUAUCAGCUAAAGAUAAAGGUUCUACUACUACAGACCAAACUACAGCCAAUCACAAGACAUCAACCAGCGCGUCGGGCACAUCUCGAUACCAGGCCCCGGGCAGCUCUGUUCUCUACGGUAGCAACCUACGAGAUGACACCAAAGUCAUUCUAGAGCAGAUCUCAGCCAACAGUCAGAAGAACCGACUGGAGCGAGAAGAAACCGGAGGCGACGGGGCGAAGGGGCUGGAGAGACAGAACUCCAUAAAGAAGAGUCGAUUUCUGCAUCCGCAGACCUACGUCCAGGAGCGGGAGGGAUUACUGAAGAGGAUAGAGAGUUUGAGGAAGGAGAAGAAGGUCUACAGCCGCUUUGAGAUGGGGAAUAGCUUGGGAUAACGAAAGAUGGAGGAGCCACCUUUUUAUAUGGAAACUGUUCAUGCAAGAUGAUCAAAAAGACCCAUUGCCCACAUGUGCCAACGCCACUAUCAAAGUACUGCUGUGGCUCAACACUGCAGCCUUUCCUGAAUUUUCUCACAGUUAUACAACUUGAUAGACAAUACAUGAACAUGCUGAAAACAAAAUAAAGUCAUUGGGUCUGGAAUGUGCCUGUGUGCCAAGACCUGGUACUACUUUGACCAAAUAUGGUUACUGAGAGAAAAAACUGUGACUCUACUUGCAUACUGGCUGCAUGGGUUAAUGUUCCACCAAACAGAAAAAGGUAGGGCCUAAAACCUAAAACAACUUGUAUGAACGUGAAUGAGGGAGUUAAAGAAAGACGGUACACCGGAGGGAUAGAAAAUAGAUCCAUGCCAGUUAAAUGUGUGUGUGUGUGUGUGUGUGUGUGUGUGUGUGUGUGUGUGUGUGUGUGGUGUGGAUUCAUUGUGUGCCAAUGGCCCGCCAAGGGCAUUAUCGAAGCUUGGACAAUUAUUAACCCAGACCAGAAAGCAGAGAUGAGAAAAUGAAGAGGAAUAAAAUGAGAUGAAGAAUUGAUGAAGGUUGAUAAAGGCAAAUAUGUGAGAUUCUAGAAAAUGAAAAGAAAAAAAAAACAGUGAAACUAAAUCAGAAAUGUCUAAUUCUAAUGUUGAGGUGGAGUUUCGAUCGAGAGGGUCAUAUACCUUUCCAUCAAGGCGUGGACCCACUUCUCAGGGUUGAAGAUGUCAAAUAACUAUUUAGAGAAGGGCCUACAGGCUUUCAUGGUUCGAGGAGUGGGGUUAAACAUGUAAGGGUGCUAGCUCAUGUCUUAUGUAAUGUAAAUAAAAACGUAAAGCACUUGCAGUUGUUCUGAACACUGUAAAAAGACAAAAAAUGUACAACGGUUUCUUUGUCUUUUCACUUUGAAAUUAGUCAUUAGUCAUUUAGUAAUUACCUAUAAGGGAAAGGAAGAGAAAGGGGAAGCAGGGCCAUGCCUCCUUACAUAAGUCACUUAACUUCUAAGACCUACCACGCAGAACCGCUAACUCCUUUGUUGGUCUGUGAAUACUCGUACACCAGAGCUUUAGACUGCCACAGCAGUUCCCAGACUGCUCGAGAGCUCGACGGGGCAUCAAACUUUAAUGUGUUGUUUUUUGACAGUACAUAAAGGGCUGGAGGAUCGAUUGCCAUAAUGACACUUCAGGGAUUACAAUGUUUUCUAUACGGGAUUAUAAUGUACAUA